CAUCCUGCCCACAAUCACAACCACCCCUUCUCUAGAACACCAACACAUCAAAUAUGGCUGCUGUCGAGGGAGAGAGCAUCGGUAUCGACCUGGGCACGACCUACUCUUGUGUGGGCGUGUGGCAGAACGACCGCGUGGAGAUCAUCGCCAACGACCAGGGCAACCGCACCACUCCGUCUUACGUGGCCUUCACCGAGACGGAGCGCCUGAUCGGCGAUGCCGCCAAGAACCAGGUGGCGAUGAACGCCACCAACACCGUCUUCGACGCCAAGCGGCUGAUCGGCCGCAGGUUCACCGACCCGGCCGUGGCCUCCGACAAGAAGCACUGGCCCUUCGACGUUGUCGAGGGCGCCGGCGGCAAGCCCACGAUCGAGGUGUCUUUCAAGGGCGAGAGGAAGCAGUUCGCGCCUGAGGAGAUCUCCUCCAUGGUGCUGGUCAAGAUGAAGGAGAUCGCCGAGGCCUACCUUGGCAAGGAGGUGAAGAACGCGGUGAUCACCGUGCCCGCGUACUUCAACGACUCCCAGCGCCAGGCGACCAAGGACGCCGGAGCCAUCUCCGGCCUCAACGUGAUGCGCAUCAUCAACGAGCCGACCGCCGCGGCUAUCGCGUACGGCCUGGACAAGAAGGGCGAGGAGCGCAACGUGCUCAUCUUCGACCUGGGCGGCGGAACCUUCGACGUGAGCGUGCUGACCAUCGAGGAGGGCAUCUUCGAGGUGAAGGCCACCGCUGGCGACACCCACCUGGGCGGAGAGGACUUCGACAACCGCAUGGUGGACUACUUCCUGCAGGAGUUCAAGCGCAAGUUCCGCAAGGACAUGAGCACCAACCAGCGCGCCCUCCGACGGCUGCGCACGGCGUGCGAGCGCGCGAAGCGAACCCUCUCGUCGUCCACCCAGGCGCACAUCGAGAUCGACUCCCUGUUCGAGGGCAUCGACUUCAACUCUACCAUCACUCGCGCCCGGUUCGAGGACAUGAACCAGGACUACUUCCAGAAGUGCUUGACCCCCGUGGAGAAGGUGGUGAAGGACGCCAAGAUGUCCAAGGGCCAGAUCCACGAGGUGGUCCUGGUGGGCGGUUCCACGCGUAUCCCCAAGGUGCAGCAGAUGCUGGCGGAGUUCUUCAACGGCAAGGAGCCGUGCAAGUCCAUCAACCCCGACGAGGCCGUCGCCUUCGGCGCCACCGUCCAGGCCGCCAUCCUCUCGGGUCAGGACAAGUCGGAGAAGCUCAACUCUCUCCUGCUCCUCGACGUGACCCCGCUCGGGCAGGGGCUCGAGACGGCCGGUGGCAUCAUGACUACGCUCAUCAAGCGUAACACGACGGUGCCGGCGAAGAAGUCGCAGGUGUUCUCCACCUACGCGGACAACCAGCCGGGUGUGCUGAUCCAGGUGUACGAGGGUGAGCGCACCAUGACCCGCGACUGCAACCUCCUGGGGAAGUUCAACCUGGACGGGAUCCCGCCCAUGCCCAGGGGCCAACCGCAGAUCGAGGUGACGUUCGACAUCGACGCGAACGGUAUCCUGAACGUGCACGCCGUGGAGAAGUCCACUGGCAAGGAGAACAAGAUCACCAUCACCAACGACAAGGGCCGCCUCAGCGCAGACGACAUCGAGCGCAUGGUGGAGGAGGCCGAGCGCUACAAGGCCGAGGACGACGUCCAAAAGAGCCGCGUGGAGGGCAAGAACUCGCUCGAAAACUACGCCUACUCGAUGCGCAACACCAUCAACGAGGAGAAGGUUGCCUCGAAGCUGGACGAGGCCGACAAGACGACGAUCGAGACCAAGAUCUCGGAGACGAUCGCGUGGCUCGACGGCAACCAGUCCGCCGAGAAGGAGGAGUACGAGGAGAAGCAGAAGGAGCUUGAGGCCGUGUGCAACCCCAUCAUCCAGAAGAUGGCUGGCGGCGAGGGCGGCAUGCCGGGGGGUAUGCCUGGAGGCAUGCCCGACAUGAGCGGUGCCGGCUUCCCCGGUGCCGGAGCUCCCGCGCCGGAGGCCGAAGCGGACGCCGGGCCCAAGAUCGAGGAAAUCGACUAAACGAGCCCAUACUUCGAAGUAACGCGUGUCUGCUGCAUGAAGUCGUAUACUGUUGGAUGGUUCCGAGCAUGCACAUGUCGGAGGGUACCGACUUCGUGUGCUGCUCCGUUGCGAUUUGUCCUGGGAAUGUCAAGAUUGUUGGGGUGGAUUGUCGUGGCAGGCAUGAGGUUUGUUCGCCUUCCGGCGGCGGACUCUGUUCGACUUAAGUGGAUUGUGUCCUUGACUUACCCUCACCAGUGACGUUUUUUUCCAAGAGAAAAUGGCAGCUGCCGGGUGGCAUUGUUUCAACUGAGUCAAAGGGGAUUGUGUUUCCAAGAGUGUACCGUUACGCUGUAGUUCAAAGUUUUUACACGAAAGCCAAAUUGUUGCAGGUUGGUGUCAGACUUCUUGCGGAACUUGCCUGUUUUUGUACCGUACUGCUGUGUCCAUUUGGUUUUAAUGUAACGUAAACAAAGGAACGAAAACACUGAAUAAUCCGUGUCAUCUUUUAUCUUGCCGAGACGUGGCCGUGAGCGGCAUCCUCGAAUGCGAUGAGACUGCGUCCACGAACCGUGACGGGGUCCGAGUAUAUCCAUUCGCGUGGCAAAAUAUGUAUGGACGCACGUCCCGAGGGAAGUUAGCCAACUGAGUUGAAUCCACGAUCUAGACUUUC